CACGAUCCUCCUCCAUCCACCCCCCGGGCUCCUCCUGUGGUGAAUCGCCGCAGCCCCGGGGCUCCUUCUCCUCGAUCACAUCCACCUCGACAUCAUUCCAUGGCCGAUUAUUUAGCCUAUCAGAAAGGACACGCUCAGACUUUCUACCCGCAGCACGCGCAGCCGAACAUUCACCCUCGCAAUCCCCCGAACCGAGUGCGAUCGCCGGCUACUAACGCCCGCAUCUUGUUCAACGCCAAUACUCCAUCUCCCUCAAGAUCUCCCAGGACCAAUUCGCCCCAGCAAUUCGGCAUGUUCAACCAGCAGAAUCAUGGGCAGCACGGCCACAACGCGAUGAUGAAUGGUGGGGGUCACCAACGGUACAUGCAGAUGAAUUUGGCCAAGCCGUUUCAGCACAACCAAACUCACCAAACUCACGGGCAUGCGCACCAGCAUCAAGCUGAUCAUACUGGUGCUACGCAUGGUGGACAGUACAACCACCAGCACAAUGUGUCGAGCGGUGGCCUCGCGAACGUGCAACCCCAUUUCGCAGCUGGCCAUUUACAAAAUGGGACGCCUGGUAGUGUUCACAGCGGCUUGACCAAACCUCCGAAUGAACAUUGGGCUGAACAACUGGCCCUAGCGCAACGGGCACGAGAGAUGGUACAGUCGCAUGCUCAUGCGCGAAACCACCCAAGUGUGAAUAAGAGUGUGGUAGCCGGGACCUCAAAUGGCGCGCAGAAGGAGACUGAAAGGGAAGAACGAAACCGACCCAUUGCACAAUCUGCACAAGACGCCAAAGAAAACCAUGUGUGGACAAUUCUCGAUUUCGGUGGGCAGAACCUGAAAGUCAUCACGUCUUCGCUUUUCCAAUAUCAGUUUCUUACGAAGCUUUAUUUGAACUGCAACAAGCUUUCUGUUCUGCCUGAGGGCCUUGGGAAAUUGAGAAAUCUGACACAUUUGGAUGUUUCCCUCAACGAGCUACGAUCGCUUCCGGCCGAAAUCGGUAUGCUGGUGAACCUCAAGCAGCUCUUGCUCUUUGACAACAAUGUGACAUUCCUCCCAGACGAAAUAGGUUCGUUAUUUCAGUUGGAGAUGCUGGGUAUCGAGGGCAACCCGUUACCAGAAGACAUCAAGUCAAUCAUUGUCGAGCAGGGAACUGGAGAACUCAUCAAGCAUUUCCGCGAACAUGCGCAACCUCCCAAUCCACCGAGAGAUCGCGAUUGGCUAAUGCUCGAUGAUACCGAUUUGUCUACUCAAGAGACGGUGACGGCGCUGAGUUACAACAUUCUUUGCGACAAGUACUGCACCCAAAAUCAAUACGGUUACACUCCAAGUGGAGCUUUGGCUUGGGAACACAGAAGGGAAAUGAUUCUGGCGGAACUGCGCGCACGAAACGCCGAUAUUGUCUGUUUACAGGAGAUCGACCAGGAGAGUUUUAACGAUUACUUCCGUGAAGCUUUGGCCCACGACGAUUACAAAGGUAUCUUCUGGCCUAAAUCAAGAGCAAGGACCAUGGCGGAGAGGGAAGCGAAGCUUGUGGAUGGGUGUGCUAUCUUCUACAGGCACAGCAAGUACAUUUUGCUGGAGAAAAAACUCGUCGACUUCGCGAACACCGCCAUCAAUCGCGCAGACAUGAAGGGAGAGGCCGACAUCUUCAAUCGUGUCAUGCCUCGAGACGACAUUGGAGUUAUCGCGUUGCUGGAAAAUCGAGCCACCGGGUCGAGGAUGAUUGUUGGCAAUGUCCACGUUUUCUGGAACCCCGCAUUCGUGGACGUGAAGAUGGUACAGAUCGCAAUUCUCCUGGACGCAAUCAAGAAAUGGGCAGACGAAUGGACAAAACGCGAGCCGUGCACAGACAAGGUCAUGUACCAGUUCACAAACGGCGACAGCGACGACGGGGACCUUGCGUCGGAAACAACCCAAGCACCAGGUCCCUCACAAUCAUACGCCCGAGGUGAAGACAUACCGCUCCUGCUUUGUGGCGACUUCAACUCGACGCCCGAUUCUGGUGCUUACGAGUUCAUCACCCAAGGAACCAUGUCCAACACCCACGUGGACCUUGGCAGUCGUAAGUACGGCAACUUCACGAGAGACGGCAUGCACCACCCGUUCCAACUCAAAUCGAGUUAUGCGGCUAUUGGGGAACUUGCUUUCACGAACUACACCCCCGGUUUCGUUGGUACUUUGGACUACAUCUGGUAUUCGACGAACACGCUGCAGGUGGUGGGCUUACUGGGCGACAUUGACAAAGAUUACCUCAAAUGUGUGCCUGGAUUCCCCAACUACCACUUCCCUAGUGAUCAUGUUGCCUCAUUUGCACAGUAUAUUGUCAAGGGUCGAAAGGAAAAGAAGGCGGUGGAGCAGCCUCCUGAAUUUCCUCAAGGAAGAGGCCGGGACCGGCGGUCGUGAG